UUUUUCAGGAUGGGUAGGCCACAGAAUGGCAUCUACAUUAUCCAGGGAGAGAUCAGUUUGGUGGUCACUGCCAUGAAGAGAAGCUCUCGCUGGGUGAACCACACACAGCAGGAUGAAGAAAAUGACCCCCUAUUGAGUAGUUUUUCUCAACUAAAAGACAUUUUGAAUAACAUAUCAGAUUUGGAUGAGAUUGAACCUAAUGCAUUUCUGGGUCCAUUCCUGGAAGUGAUCAGAUCUGAGGAUACAACUGGACCAAUCACAGGCCUAGCUCUGACUUCAGUCAACAAAUUCUUGUCCUAUGGUUUAGUGGAUUCAGCGUGUGAGACAGCUCCUGCUGCCAUAGAGAACAUUGCAGAUGCUGUCACACAUGCCAGAUUUGUAGGCACGGAUCCAGGAUCUGAUGAGGUGGUCCUGAUGAAAAUUUUGCAUGUAAGAAAUGUUCAAAUUGGUGACAUAGAACUCCUGAGGAAGUCAGCGGAGCAUACACUGAUGGACAUGGUUCAGCUGCUUUUCUCACGACUGCCACAGUUCAAGGAGGAUCCCAAAUGGGUUGCCAACAUGAAAAAGCUGAAGAUGAGAACGGGAGGGGUGGAUCCGUCUCGCAUGGGGAGGAAAAAGCGGUCACCAAAACCCCGGCCAAAACGUCCAAAGUCCAAACAGCAGGACAUCACCCCCAGCACCGCCGGCACCACACAGGAGGGUGAGAACGUGUCCAGCUCCAGGGAGGAUGUAUCGGGGGGUCAAGAGCCUCCCCCGACAGUGGUGUCCGAGGGGAUAGAGUACGUCCACGCUCCCAAGGAGAGGCUGGCCACCACCCCAGCUACCCCGGGGGAGGACGGAGUGAUUGACAUCAGUCAACGCUUCCAGGAGGCAACAGACAAAGAAAAACAAGCUGCACAGAUUUCUGAAGAGAUUUCAGAACAAAUAGAUGACAGUUCCACUGAAAUAGACAAAGAGUGUUUUAGUUUACAGUCGGAGUCAUCCAAUAUAAACUUAAAUAUAGAAAAUUCUGGAUCCACACCCCAAGUUGUGCUGUCAGUUCCUCAGGAAGAAGACUCAUCACAUAAGAGCCCUGAUAUGCUGGGUUCCAGUGGAGAUAUGGACAGGGUCAGCUUACACUCAGAAGACACCGAGUCUGUACACAGUACUGCCGAGAACUCGGAAUCAACGGUGGUGGACGAGAUUGUCAACCCCCAGGGGGUCAGGUUCACCCCUCACCACCACCACAAGGAAGGUUCUGGUCCUCUCCUACCCUACGGUUUACCAUGUGUGCGUGAGUUGUUCCGCUUCCUGAUCUCGUUAACCAAUCCGCUGGACCGUCACAACACGGACGUGAUGAUACACAUGGGACUCAGUCUCCUGUCUGUAGCUCUAGAGUCGGGGGCAGAUCAUAUCGGCCAUUACAAUUCCCUCCUUUACCUGGUCAAAGACGAAAUGUGUCGGCACCUAUUCCUGCUGCUGCAGUCAGAGAGACUGUCUUUGUUCUCGGCCUCUCUUCGAGUUUGUUUUCUUCUGUUUGAGUCCAUCAGAAGUCAUCUGAAGCUACAGCUAGAGUUUUAUUUGACCAAACUGACAGACAUCAUAGUCUCUGAGUCUCCCCGGAUCUCGUACGAGAUUCGUGAGAUCGCCCUCGAGUCGAUCGUCCAGCUGUGGAGAAUUCCUGGGCUUGUUACAGAACUGUACCUCAACUACGACUGUGAUCUUUACUGCUCCAACUUGUUUGAAGAUCUUACGAAGCUCUUAUCAAAGAAUGCCUUUCCUGUCCAGGGCCUGUUUUCUACACACCUUCUGUCACUUGAUGCUCUGUUGACGGUAGUGGACAGCAUUGAGCAGCACUGUCACAGUCGAAUACUCAGCAUCAACAAACAGGGAGCUGAGGGAAGGCAGACUGCCCAGUCAUCCCAGCUCGUGACUGAGAAUGGAGCAUUGGAGUCCUCAGUACCAAGUCCACCAAGCACAGGCUACGUAAUGGCUCAGAAACUCCUCAGUCAGGAACAAACUCAGGAGAGUUCUAAGGAAGAGGCAAAACAGAAAGACACAGCCAAGAGGUCUCCAUCCUUUAGACAAAACAGAAUGAAAGUGUCGUCCACAAUUCCCACAGCAGAGGACAUAGCCACCAUCAAACACAAGAAAAAGCUGUACUAUACUGGCACGGAGCAGUUUAACACCAAGCCCUCCAAGGGAAUAGCCUACCUUCAGGAGCAGGGUCUCUUGUCUGAUCCCCUGGACCCGGGGGAGGUGGUUACGUUUCUGAAGGAGAACCCCCGACUGGACAAAGCCAUGAUAGGAGAGUAUGUGGCCAAGAAAACCAACAGCAAAGUCCUAGAGGCAUUUGUCAAAUCUUUUAACUUUGAGGACCUUCGAGUUGACGAGGCCUUGAGGCAGUACCUAGAGGCCUUCAGACUGCCUGGAGAGGCCCCCGUUAUAUCCUACCUGAUAGAACACUUCUCUGACCACUGGCAUAAGAGUAAUGGUGAGCCAUUCACCAAUGUUGAUGCAGCUUUCACCUUGACCUACGCCAUCAUUAUGCUCAACGUAGAUCAACACAACCACAAUGCCAAGAAACAGAACAUCCCCAUGACUAGUGCUGAAUUUAAGAAGAAUUUGAAGAAGUGUAAUGGGGGAGCAGACUUUGACCAGGAUAUGCUAGAGGAGAUUUAUGUUGCAAUAAAGAAUGAUGAGAUUGUGAUGCCAGCAGAACACACAGGUUUAGUCAGAGAAAACUAUCUCUGGAAGGUUUUAUUGAGAAGAGGCACCACAAAGGAUGGACUUUUCCUACACGUUCCCUCUGGGUCAUUUGAUCAUGACUUGUUCACCCUUAUAUGGGGCCCCACGGUUGCGGCUCUGUCAUUUGUGUUUGACAAAAGCUCAGAUGAUUCUAUAAUACAGAAAGCAAUAGCAGGAUUUAGGAAAUGUGCUAUGAUAUCAGCUCACUAUGGAAUGAGUGAUGUUUUUGAUAAUCUAGUCAUAUCGCUUUGUAAAUUCACCACCCUACUGAGUUCUGUGGAGAGUCCGGAACACAUACCUGUGAUGUUUGGGAGCAACUCUAAAGCUCAGUUAGCCGCUCGCACUGUGUUUGGGUUGGCUCAUCGGCAUGGUGAUAUUUUAAGAGAAGGAUGGAAGAAUAUAUUAGACUGUAUGUUACAACUCUAUCGUGCCAAAUUAUUACCAAAAGGGUUGACUGAGGUUGAGGAUUUCAUAGAUAGUUCAGGAAAAAUUUGUAUAGUGAGAGAAGAGACCAUGGCUGCCCAGAGGUCCGAGGGGGUCCUGAGCAGUUUUUACUCGUACUUCACCAGCUCUGAGCCGACCACGAACAAAGGCCCCACCCCCGAGGAGCAGGAAGCCUCCAAACAGGCCCAGAGCUGUAUCAGAGACUGCCACCUAGAACAGCUGAUUCUGGACAGUAAAUUCCUCAGGGAGGACUCCCUACAGGAACUCAUCAAAGGUCCUGAGGUUCAUAACUCAGAAUUACAAUUUGAUGAAGAUGCAGCUGUAUUUUUCCUUGAACUUUUAAUCAAAGUAAUUCUUCAAAACAGAGAUAGAGUAGUUCCUAUAUGGCAGAAUGUAAGAGACCACUUAUACAGUCUGAUAGUGAAUUCUAAUGAGUGCACAUUUCUAGUGGAAAGAGCCGUAGUAGGCUUAUUACGCCUCGCUAUCCGAUUAUUACGCAGAGAAGAGGUGGCGCCACAAGUCCUUACAUCGCUCCGAAUCUUGUUAAUGAUGAAGCCCGCAGUCAUCCAUUCCUGUACGAGACAGAUAUCUUACGCCCUACAUGAACUGCUGAGGACAAACGCGGCUAACAUCCACACGGGCCAGGACUGGUUCACCCUGUUUACUCUUCUGGAGGUGGUGGGGGCAGGCGCUAACCCACCCCCUCUUCUACAUGUCUGUCCUGGCAUCGAGAUGUCAGAGGCCAUCAGUGAUGCAGGUGCCCAGAGUGAUAGUGAGUUACCCAGCGCCUCUACAAAUGACAACUUGAGUGACCGGGGGUACACCUCAGACAGUGAGAUCAGCUAUGUCAGACAGGCAGCGGCCCACAGGAGCCCCUCCCCUAUAGAGAUUAGACCUGUACCUGACAACGGAAGCUGGCUACUGGUAAACAAGGAUUCCCAGCAGCCAGUGGGGGAGGACCAUGCUUCAGUAACCAUUCCUAGAGUGAUUCCUAACCAGUACAGUAUUGAGCUGAAUGAGGACCUACAUUACUGUGACAGUAAGGCCCUACUGAAGUCCUCCGAGACCCUGGCGUUCCUGGUCCGAGACGCCGCCCACGUCACGCCCCUCAACUUUGAGAGCUGUGUCCACUCUAUCCGGGCUUUUGUGGAGGCCAGCGUUAAUGGGGGUAGAAGAAAGAUGCCUGUUUUUCAAGGACAACAAAAACCACAAAGCAAACGUGUACAUAAAAAGUCAAAGAAAGAUACUGGCAAGAUGAAGAAGUCGUCUUCCUCACCAAGUCAUAUCCAGAAUAUUUUCCCUUCAGAUGAUGAGGGGGAGGAGGAAGGAACAGGGGGAAGUUUAGCCUCUUUAUCAAUCCAGCUGUUGGAUUUAAUGCACACACUCCAUACGCGAGCUGCCACUAUAUUUACGUCGUGGGCAGAGGAGGAGAACAAUGAAGAGAGGGAAGCCAUUGAUGCUUGUCAUAGUGCUUUAUGGGUCAAGUGCUGGUGUCCUUUGUUACAAGGAAUUGCCAGGUUAUGCUGUGAUACUAGGAGACAGGUCAGGAGUCAGGCAUUGACCUACCUACAGAGGGCACUGUUAGUUCACGACCUUCAGACUCUGUCAGCAGCCGAAUGGGAGGCCUGUUUUAACAAGGUCUUGUUUCCCCUGCUGACAAAGCUCCUAGAGAACAUCAAUACUCAGGACCCCUCUGGUAUGGAGGAGACCAGGAUGAGAGCCUCCACAUUACUCUGCAAGGUAUUCCUUCAGCAUUUAAAGCCUCUGUCACUGAAUUUUUGGCUCAAUUCAGAUUUUAUGGACAAAUACAUGCACACUGACAACAGUGAUCUACUGUCUGAGGCUAUACCAGAGUCCCUAAAGAACAUGCUGUUGGUGAUGGUGCAACAAUUCCACACGUCAGAUGGUAACUACAAAUAAUUUGCCUCACAACUCUGGAAACACACAUUUAAUUAUAUUUCUUUCAUUUGUGAUUUCAAACCCAAAAAUUCAGAGGAGACCCCAGUGAUCAGUUCUCAGCCUGCUCCAAGUACAACUGCACCAGUAGCUCAAUCACUGCAUGAGCAGCAGUCAACAGCGGAGUCAUCUCCCCCUCAAAUCCCACCCGAGGUUCCACUAGAGGGCAUCACUGUUGUCAAGGAGCACAGUCAUGAUUACUACCGAGGGUCAUCUGAAGAGGGUGAAUCCCCCUCCCCCCAGCCUCACAUGGCCCUGUCUCACUAUCUCAGUCAGCCCUACUGCUCCUCCGUGGGGCACCACCCUCAUGUCUCAGUCCAUAAAAGCCACAUUAAUCAUGACCCCCCUGUUCCGCUCUUGUUGCACCCAGAUAUAAUGCCCUCUGCACCCAUUCAGUUUGUUACACCACAAGGAAGCCAGGAGGAAGUACAGAGCAGGCCCCCAGUGAUAGAAAACCCAUAAUUCUUCCACCAGCCUCCUCCGUGCAGCACCCUGUACAUACCAUAUAGACUGGCGGCAUCAUCCAUGCAUUUACACCCUGUACAUACCAUAUAGACUGGCGGCAUCAUCCAUGCAUUUACACCCUGUACAUACCAUAUAGACUGGCGGCAUCAUCCAUGCAUUUACACCCUGUACGUACCAUAUAGACUGGUGGCAUCAUAUCAAGCAAUAUUAUUUUAUUAUCAGUUGAAGAAUUAAUGGAAUAAAUUAUGUUAAUUUUCAUUUGGAUUGUUAACAUUCCCAGUGUUAUUUGACUGAUAUAUGAUACAUGUACUAUGCUUCAAUUCAGUUGAGGUGCGCUUAAGAUCAUAGUGGCUACAAUCUUGUGUUAUGAAUUCUGUGCUAGCCUAGCAAAGCUAUUGUUAAUGUAUGCAGUGCACUCAAUGCAACCUUUAUGCCUAUUUUAGCAGCUAGUGCUAAAUCUGAAGUAUUGAAGGCAAUCCAGGCCUGGUAGGUUUACAUAUUGAUUAAGUACCCGGUACAUGUAGGUACAUGUACAUUACUACAUUUUAUUUACGGAAGACCUGUAAGUUUCUCAAAAAAAAAAAAAUUUAAAAACCUAGAGAACUUCAGCUCUGGAAAUAUUCUUUAUGGAGAAAGUAGCCAGAUACUCACAGCAUUUGUAAAUCUAAUUGUUUUAGCAGAAGUGUUUGUUUCUGAUUUCGUUUUCUUUUCUUUUUUUUUGUGAUAGAGAUGACUUCAAAUUUGAAGCAAUUUUUCGUUAAAAAAAAAAUAAAAUAGGAAUGUAAAAAUGUACUUGUUACUAAAUUGUAUGUACUGAAAGCUUCAUAUCAAUUAUGUGUGUGCUUAUACCAACUUUGUUUAUUAUAACAGAGUUGUUAUUUAUUUUGUGAUUUUACACAAUUACCUAUUUAUCUACAUGUAAUUACAUGUGUCAUAAAGAAAGGUGUUUUAGACUUAUCUUGAAAAGAGAAAAGUGUAUAUAGUAUUAUGAUAUACUUGUAUAUAUUGUGUGUGAAUACAAGAUUCAUGUUUUACAUAAUCUUUAUUCCUUUCUAGCUUUUACAAUAUUCUAUUUAUGUGAUUGUGUUUUUCUUUUACAUUAUAAAUGUAUGUGACUGUAUAUAUAUCGUUAUGCAUGUUGUUAUUCUUAGUUAGUACAAUAAAAUAACAAACUUAAGAUGUUGACUUAGAUGUCUAAUAAUUAGUAGGCCCAUAAGAUUCCUUAUAUGUACAGAUAAAAUAACUUGUCAUUGAGUAUUAACAUUGCAUCUUGAGAAAAUUUACACAGCAGUUUUAUGUGUUGUGUUAGCAAAAUAUUAAACAUGUUUAGUUGCUGCUAAAUAUAGUGUAGUCUUAGAUCAGAACUUUGAGCUAUCUAAAUGCAAAUAAAACAUUACUGCAUUUUGUAAUUUGCUGUAUUAAACAGUUUAUAUUGUUUUGGACAGGUCUAGAUUGUAUUUUCAUAGUUUCCUGGUCAAAUGGCUGUAUAUGAAUUGAUAUUAGAGAGCUGUAAAUAUUAUACUAGUCUCUGUCAAAAGUUAUCGUGUUUAAUGUGAUAUGAAAUGAUUGUAUAAUUUUUGUUAAAAAAUUUCACUGUAGGAAUAUUUAUUGUAAUAAUGAAAUGAUAAAGUUUAAAAUAUGGUGAAUAAAAAGUUUCUUACAGAUAAAAA